GGCACGGGAUGGGGAGACGAUCCUUGGGUUCACCCUCUCACGGCGCGCGCGGGGUGAGGGGGGGGCGCCUCCGCCAGGGUAUGUGUCUCGUGGGGAAGUGAGGUGACACGAACGGCGAUGCCAGGCGGCACGACUGGAGGGAAAUGCGAAGGGUAUCACGAUGGGUCAGAUCUUGUCUAUUUCGGGGCACCGUUGUACAUCAUGAAAGCACGCGAGAGGUCACUUGGCCGUCCCGCCCCCAGAUUUGUGCUACCCGGGGGGGGGGGGGGGGUGGAACGGGUGCAAGCUGGACUUUUCGCGACUGGCAUGGAGAAACCGGAAAGAUAUCAAAGCGAAAGAGAGGGGGGCGUAAGCCGAACAAGAGGUUUCGGGCCCUGUUUGAACAUCUAUCAGUACUGUCCUGCUUGUUACGUGCUGCUUCGGGCUUCAGGUUAGCAUUUGGCAACAAGAUUCUGCUUCACGGGGUGAUCCUAUGUCCUCUCCAGCCGCCAUUCGGCCCGGCCCUCGAGCAGACCCUGGCGUGCCAAGAUUUCGCGCGCGGGAUCCGACUUGGUUGGGAAAUCCUUCCGCUGACGAAGUCGAAAAACGGUGGCUGCUGGUUGACCGAGGUGUCAGGGGUGUCGAUCCUCGGUGAGGCGUGAUGUACCGGAUGACUUUUGGACAUCCCUGGGCGCGGGAUUGCGGGCCAGGUGCCUCUGCAGCGUUGCCAGUGAAGAGAUUGUAUGUUGAUUAUGAGAAUAUGUUUCAUUUCCUUCCAACACUCUCGAUCCUCCGUCGGAACGAGUUGGACCACGGACGAUCAGGAAAGGCGACUCUAGCUUCCGUGACUGACGGAGGCCAGCCUAAUUGUCUCCAUACGUGCAUCCUGAGACUGAAAGAU